AUGUCUGAUGAGGAGUACUCCGAGUACGAAGAAGAGGAGGAGGUAGAAGAGGAAGCCGAAGCAGAAGAAGUAGUCGAAGAAGUAGCUGCUGAAGAAGAAGCAGAGGAAGAGGAAGAGGAAGAAGCUCCUCCACGACGAAUUUUCAGCACUGCUCGUGAUGGUGGAGAAGACUUGAAUGAAGCUGAGAAGGCCAUGCUGGCUGCUAAGAAACGUCAUGACAAUGAUGAUGAAGCUAAGCUUGUAGAUUACGAAGAGAGAAGAAAGACAGAGAGAGAAAAGGAAGAAGAAGAGCUCCGCAAGUUGAAGGAAAAGCAAGAGAAACGUCGCUUGGAAAGAGAACAAGAAGAACGUGAAGCCCAAGAACGAAAGAAGGCUGAUGAAGAGAGAAGACGUCAGGAAGAGGAAGCUCGUCGUCAAAAGAUGGAAGAAGACAAGAGAAAGAAGGAUGAAGAGAAGAAGAAGAAGGCUGAAGCUCUUUUCGGUGUUCCAGCUGGACAAGGAGGACGCAACUUUGUUAUUGAACGUAAAACUGAGAAGGGAGAUAAGUUCGGAAACAUCGUCCAAGCCAAACAAGAAAUGGGAAUGACCAAGGAACAACAGGAAGAAGCCAAGAGGGUGUUCAUUCAAGCUAUCGAGAAAGGAAUCCCAGAAUCUGACAGUUACGCAGAAUCAGAAUUGAAGGCCAAAAUCAAAGAAUUGUACCAGAAAAUUUGCAAGUUGGAGGCUGAGAAGUACGAUCAAGAGAAGAGACAUGAACGUCAAGAAUAUGAUCUUCGUGAGUUGAACGAGCGUUCUCGUCAAGUUGCUCGUAACAAUUUACAAAAAGGACAAAACCCAGAUGACACCGGCGGAAGAUACCCACCAAAAGUUCAAAUUUCCUCCAAAUACGAUCGUCAAAUUGAUAGAAGAAACUUCAAGGAGCGUAGAAAUGUAUUUGAGACUAAGCAUGCUUAUCCCGUUUUCCCCGGUAUUCCACCCCCACCUGCUCUCUUUGAAAAGGUUAUUGCCAAGUAUGCCCAUGAAAUUCAGGAAGAAUUAGAAGCUGCUGAAGCUCGUGCAUACGAAGAGGAAUAUGAAGAGGAAGAAGAAGAAUAA